CUCAACUGCUUGAUGCAAUCCAACAGAUAGCCAUGCGGAAGUUCGGUCUUAAACUAGCUGAAAUCACUUCCACGAGCUCUUUAGAUAAAGCUGCCUUUGAUAGUCUUCAUUAACCCCUCCCAUAUUUGCCCCUCAGCGUGCCCUGGCUCAGGAGCCCGGGACUUGGAAAUCUAACCUAAGCAUUCUCAGAUGGUGAGAGUCUGCCUGCCCCAGUCCCAGCCACUUAGUCAGGCUUGCGGCUUAUCUAACAAACUGGAGCCUGGGAUUCCGAGAAAACGAAACCAAGCAGUUGUGCUCCGGAGUCACCUGGACCUCAGAACAGCUUCCACCUGCUGUCCGAGUUCCCAAUCCUUUCUCUUGCUGUUCGAGAGCCCCAGUGAAAACCUGCGUGAGAGGAGAGAGCACGGAGCCAGCCGGUCUCCCCAACUCCCCUGCACACACACACGUUUCACUUUCCACUUGUAGUGACCUGCCCUCCAGUGUGACUUAUCAGCUGUUUGGCUUUUGUCACUAAAGGAAAACAAAUUGUGGAAUGUCCUGCUCUGCAGGCUCAUGAGAUGGCUGAGCCAACUCAGGGGUUAUGAGGCAGUUUGUGAGUGAGGAGAAGAAUGAUCUUCAGUUUUUGACCUCCUGGCACGGUGGCAGGCGGUAUUUAUCAGGAGGUGCAUGUGACUGGUUAGGACUCAGAGCCCCAGCCUGAAGGAAACAGCUGCUCUCGGCGUGCUCCGGCACUUGGCAGCUGGACAGGCAGAGUGCUGAUGUGAAAAAUACCGCGACAAAACCACCCCAGUUCUCCAAAGAACUUAUCAUUCAGUUUGAACAAACCAUUUCUACAGACUGCUUCUUCCAUGCAUUUCCCAAUGAUGCUAAUUGCCCUUAAAGUUCUUUUGGAUUUGGAACUCUAUCUGUAUGGAAACAACAGAGUUUGCUUGAAGUACAACUAAGGACAGAGGUCACCACUAGGCACUAACAUCACUGAUUCACAUGAUUAUGGAGAUGGUCUAUCUGAUGCUGAAAAUGUCUCUAGUUUUUUGACAACGGCUAAACAACCAUGGGAUCAAGUGGCCUUGGGAAAGCAGCAACAUUAGAUGAACUGCUGCGCACUUGCAUUGAGAUGUUUGAUGACAAUGGAGAGCUGAAUAACAGUUAUUUGCCAAGAAUAGUUCUACUGAUGCACCGAUGGUAUUUAUCUUCCACUGAAUUGGCAGAAAAACUUCUCUGCAUGUAUCGAAAUGCCAGUGGAGAAAGCUGCAAUGAAUUUCGAUUAAAGAUCUGCUACUUCAUGAGGUACUGGAUUCUGAAGUUUCCUGCAGAGUUUAAUUUGGAUCUUGGAUUGGUUCGCAUGACUGAGGAAUUCCGGGAAGUAGCUAGUCAACUAGGAUAUGAAAAACACGUCAGCCUCAUCGACAUAUCCAGCAUUCCUUCCUAUGACUGGAUGAGAAGAGUCACACAGAGGAAAAAAGUAUCCAAGAAGGGAAAAGCCUGUCUGCUGUUUGACCAUCUGGAGCCCAUUGAAUUGGCUGAGCACCUCACUUUUCUGGAGCAUAAAUCUUUUAGAAGGAUCUCAUUCACUGAUUACCAAAGCUAUGUCAUCCAUGGCUGCCUGGAGAAUAAUCCAACCUUGGAAAGAUCUAUUGCUUUAUUUAAUGGAAUCUCUAAGUGGGUCCAGUUGAUGGUUCUUAGCAAGCCAACCCCCCAGCAAAGGGCAGAAGUUAUCACAAAGUUUAUCAAUGUUGCAAAGAAGCUCCUUCAGCUCAAAAAUUUUAACACCCUGAUGGCAGUGGUGGGAGGCCUCAGUCAUAGUUCCAUUUCACGCCUCAAAGAGACCCAUUCUCAUCUCUCUUCAGAAGUUACAAAGAACUGGAAUGAAAUGACAGAGCUGGUCUCCUCCAACGGCAAUUACUGCAAUUACCGCAAGGCCUUUGCUGACUGUGAUGGCUUCAAAAUCCCCAUCCUUGGAGUACACUUGAAAGACUUGAUAGCAGUCCAUGUCAUUUUCCCAGACUGGAUGGAGGAGAACAAAGUGAACAUUGUGAAAAUGCACCAGCUCUCCGUUACCCUGAGUGAACUAGUCUCCCUGCAGAAUGCCUCUCACCACUUAGAACCCAACAUGGAUUUGAUCAACCUGCUCACGCUUUCCCUGGACCUCUAUCACACCGAAGAUGAUAUUUACAAACUGUCACUGGUGCUGGAGCCUAGAAAUUCUAAAUCGCAACCUACCUCCCCUACGACACCCAACAAGCCUGUGGUGCCCCUGGAGUGGGCAUUAGGGGUGAUGCCAAAGCCAGACCCCACAGUCAUCAACAAGCACAUAAGGAAAUUAGUUGAGUCUGUAUUUAGAAACUAUGAUCAUGACCAUGAUGGGUACAUCUCUCAAGAGGACUUUGAAAGUAUAGCUGCCAAUUUCCCCUUCUUGGAUUCCUUCUGUGUGCUGGACAAAGAUCAGGAUGGUCUGAUUAGUAAAGAUGAAAUGAUGGCUUACUUCCUGAGAGCUAAAUCCCAACUACACUGUAAAAUGGGACCAGGAUUCAUCCAUAAUUUUCAGGAGAUGACCUAUCUCAAGCCAACCUUCUGUGAACACUGUGCAGGAUUUCUCUGGGGCAUAAUCAAGCAAGGAUACAAAUGCAAAGACUGUGGAGCCAAUUGCCACAAACAGUGUAAAGACCUCCUGGUGCUGGCCUGCAGGAGAUUUGCCCGGGCGCCCUCCUUGGGCAGUGCGCAUGGGUCACUGCCUGGAAGCCCCUCAUUGCCCCCAGUCCAGGAUGAGGUGUUUGAAUUUCCUGGAGUCACUGCUGGACAUAGGGAUUUAGACAGCAGAGCCAUCACACUGGUUACAGGCUCUUCUCGCAAGAUCUCCGUGAGGCUACAGAGAGCCACCACCAGCCAGGCUACCCAGACUGAACCUGUCUGGUCAGAGGCUGGGUGGGGGGACUCAGGGUCCCACACCUUCCCCAAAAUGAAGUCCAAGUUCCAUGACAAAGCAGCAAAGGACAAAGGCUUCGCCAAAUGGGAAAAUGAGAAGCCGAGGGUGCAUGCUGGCGUGGAUGUUGUAGACCGGGGCACGGAGUUCGAACCUGACCAGGAUGAAGAAGAAGAGACCAGGCAGGACGGUGAGGAUGGCUGACUUCAGGCUGAGGAAACUGAGGAUACCUUGGCUUUCAGAAGGAGCAAGAUGAGAAACUCUGAAGAAAGCUCUGACUCUCAGGAAGUUAUCUGGAAAGACAUCUGGAUGUUUACUGUCUCGUGACACUGUAAGAUCUCCGUGUUUAGACUAUGUGAUAGGGAACUGACUCUAACUAUGAACUACUUAUUUCCUCCCUACUCCCAGCGAAGUGCCACAAAGACUGUGUUAUGUAGUCAGUAGUUUUCUCAUUUAUCUUUCUCUAGAGCCAUCUAUCUACGGGUGAAACAAAAGCUUUUUUGCAUGUACUUGAUACUCAUUCUGUAAACUCAGACCUUGCUUUUUUUGUGAGAAUAUCCUUUCAAUAUUUUUAUAAACGUUUGUGUGUGCUGUGGCAGGGAACAGUUAACAGGGAGUUGAUUUAGAGGUUGUUUUUUGUUUUUUGGGUUUUUUUUUUUGGUGUGCUUUUUGGAUGGCACCAGGACUUAACAUUUUCCUGAGGACAAGGAAGCUCUUCAGACACUGGAAUGAAGUGAUUCUUAUAGUCAAUUGCAAGAAGAAACUGUUUACAUUGUUCCUACCAUACAGUUGCUAUAAUAUGUAACAAGUCACAUAUGUAUAUAUCACAGAAGUCUUACCAAUUCUGCAUUACUGGGAAGCUAUGACAUGGUUGUGAAAGCUCUCCUAAUACUUAUAAUAGCCAUGGAAGAAAAUUAACUAUGCUUGUCCCUUCUGACUGGGUUAAGCCAUCUUUAAGAUUCCUGAAGUAGAAAUAGCAAUUAAGAAAUCAAUUCAAGAUUUGAAGGUUAAAAUUUAGCAGAAAAACAUAACAUUGAAUAAGCCACUAGGUGAAAUGCAAAACAACCAUCAAUUUUUUAAAACUCAAAGUAAGAAUUUUGUUAAGGAAAAAAAAAAAAAAAAAAAAAA